AUGAAGUCACGUGAAAAAAAGAGAGGAAACGCAGCAGAUGGGCUUCACCAUCGGGCAAAACAAGUGAAAAUGGCAAGUAUAAACGCUUAUAUUCUGAUUUACUAUUCACAAAAGCAGAGUUGAUGCAAAAUGAAUCUCCUUUGAGGCUUGAAAACAGUUUGUGGUGGCAGAGAAUUGUAUCUCACCCACAGAUCCUAACAUAUGUCCAUGCAUGUCAUUUGUUUGUGUUUUAGACUACUAGCGCUCUGACACAGGGUCUGGAGAGGAUCCCUGAUCAACUGGGGUAUUUGGUGAUCAGUGAGGAUGGCGUACUGGCGGUAUGUUCACACAAACAUGCGUACCUAUAUGUCCUGCCCUGUUAGCAACUUAGAUAAAAGCCAGGUUGCAGCACGCAUAUCCUCCACAUCUCAUUCCCAACUGACUCCCUGUUACCCCCCUCUCCCAGUCUGCGGGGGAGCUGGAGAAUGACGAGCACACAGCUGGGGUCAUAAUGCAGAUGAUGCGGACCGCGUGUCGCUUCAGACUGCAGGGUGCUGCUGAGCCGCCCUUCAAACGCAUGUCAGGUAAGUCAGACAACACACACCUGGGACCUAGGGUCACACGCACACACAGUAUUGCUGCUCCCAACAUGCCACUAUAACCAGACCUCCCUGUGUUCUUUCUUCACAGUCAUGCUCGAGGACUAUGUGUACACAGUGACCGUGUCUGGUCAGAAGGUGUUUGUGGUGAAACGUCAGAACAACCAGAGGGAACCUGUGGUGGUGUAG